GAGUGUAAAGAAAUUUGGCAGCCCUAGUUCUGACCAGUUUUGGUAAAACUGCACGCGAGUGAUCUGCUGUGGCCGGAUAUUGUUUAUAUUGAUUUGAUUUAUUCUUCACAUUGUUCGCUCUGUCCAUGUUGGUUAUAGAUUCCAGUUAUUGAACUAAAAGAGCUAUGAAGAGAGUAAUUAUUUUUGUUAAUGGGACCGAUGUUAAUGGCAAGGUGCCAUAUUUAACUCAUAGUAUUUGUAGUGACUCAUUCAUUAGAUGAAUUAUUGGCAGCAGCUAGUGCAAAAUUUAAAAUAAUUGCUAGAAAAAUUUUUACACCACAAGGUGGAGAAAUCGAUGAUAUGAAGUUAAUUAGAGACGAUGAUAUUUUGUACAUUUCAAGUGGAGAAGAUUUUAUACAUACAAAUAAGAUACGUAGUCAUAAUCAAUUAAAUAGAAAUUCCGAAUGGAUUACACUUAAUGUAGGAGGAAAAUAUUUUACUACAACUAGGGAUACUUUAAAGAAAGAGCCUAUGAGUAUGUUAGCAAGAAUGUUUACAGAGACUACGAAUGCUGAAAAUGCAAUACAGCCAAGUAGACAAGAUCAUAAUGGAGCAUAUUUAAUUGAUAGAAGCCCUACUUACUUCGAACCACUGUUAAACUAUUUGAGACAUGGUGAAAUAAUACUUGAUUCGAAUGUUAAUACAGCUGGAAUACUGGCGGAGGCUUAUUUUUAUGGCAUCGAAGGUGCGAUUCGAAUUCUUACUACGAUGUUGGAAAAAGAAAAAUUGCAGAGAGAGGGUCUUGUCUCUCUAACUCGUAAAGACGUACUUAAAGCAAUUAUGUCAACGCCAACUAACGCAGAACUUAGGUUCCAGGGGGUUGAUUUUGUAAGAGCUGAUCUUUCAAAAUUAGACCUCCGAAAUAUUAACUUCAAGUAUGCCAUUAUGCACCAUUGUAGUCUGGCGGGUGCCAAUUUAUCAGGAUGCUGCUUUGAGCGCGCCGAUUUGUCUCACGCUAAUUUACAAGGCGCGCAGCUUGUGUGUGUCAAAAUGUCAUGUGCAAAUUUAGCUGCAGCCAACUUGCAUUCGUGCAAUUUCGAGGAUCCCGGUGGCUUGGUCCCGGCGAAUAUGGAGGGCGUGAAUCUGAAAGGUGCCAAUCUCGAGGGUAGUAAUAUGGCAGCUGUCAAUCUGCGAGUAGCAACAUUAAAGAAUGCUAUUCUUAAAAAUUGUGUCUUGAGAUCCGCUGUUUUAGCCGGUGCCGAUUUAGAGUGCUGUGAUUUAUCUGGCUCCGAUCUGCAGGAUGCAAAUCUGCGUGGUGCAAAUUUGAAAGACGCCGCUUUUGAAUUAAUGUUAACUCCACUACAUAUGUCCCAAACAAUUCGAUAACAAUGAAUGUGCUGCAUGUAUUAUUGCAGCUAAAAUCCUGAAAUAAUGAUUUUGUCAUGAUUGACAUACACAAACACACCCACACAUACACACAUUAUUUUUUUCAUACGUUAUAUACAAUAUGAGAGUACAUAAUUAUUUUCUACAAAUUAUUAAGGUGAUUGUGACAAUGCAAACGCAGUAUUUAUUCGGGCAUGAUAAUUUUUACAUUUCUUUUUAUUGUAAAAUUAUUUAUAAGAUUACCAUGUACAAAUUGUAAUAUUGAUGCUUAAAAUGUAAUGAUAUUUUUAACUUAAAUUAUAUUUAUCUUAUAUAUUUAUACAAUUAACGGAAUGACAGCGCGUUGCACGUGGCCAGACCGUGGACUGUGCGAUCUAGGUGGGUCAGCGGCGUGUCGCAUGGCAACGAAAAAUAACAGCGGUACGAAGAUCCAGCCUCACGCGUCGUUUCUGCCCGUUCGCUGCUCGCGUGUUACUCCCCUCGCCCUGCGCUGUUGUUUUUCGUUGCCGUGCGAUACGCCGCUGACCCACCCAGAUCGUACAGUCCGCGAUCUAGCCACGCGCGACGCGCUAUCAUUCGUCAAUCCUAUAGCCUAUAGUUUUAGUAAUAAUAAGCAACUCAUUCGGAUCUCGUUCAUACUCGUUUAUAUCUCAUUCAACCCAAUAUUUGCCUUUCCUGUAAAUUUAUCAUAGCGCAAGCGGAUAAAAUUAAUAUAAUAUAUACAUUAUGUGAUAUAAGUAAUAUAAUUUGAUUCGAAAUUCAAUAGCUUUCUA